AUGUUGGAACUGGUUGCACUUCUCAGUCUCCUGGUAUCUUUGGUAACUGGAUCAUUGGCUAUCACAUUGACAUCAUUGUUUACUGAAAACCGAAUUGUACUGAUUAUUAUAGCAUGUUCCUCUAUUUUAUAUUCCUUCACUGUUCUAAUUAGACUAGUUCUAUUCAUGCCUUUGAAUAAAUAUUUCAUACGAUCAACGAAUAUAUUUUUUCAAAUAUUGACUUUAGCAUGUUCUGUACAAUAUUUUAAUGAAACAACUAAGCAUGUUCCACAUCUAAGCAAAUUAAACAAACAUUUAACAAUAGCAUUUCAGUCUGCACUAUUAUUCAGUCUUUUUUUUAACGGUAUAUUUACAGGAUGUGAUAAUUCUGAACGGAAAGUUGAAACAGAAUCACAACAAGCCUACCAAGACGAUGAAGAGAAGAAAUUACAAUCUUUUAAUGUGGAUAGUGGUAUAAACGACAGAUUUAUCCCAUUGAAAAAUUCCACACAAACUUUAACCCCAGAUAUGGCUAAUGGAUAUAUUAAUUCUGAAAACAAGGCCAACUGGGUUAUGAGUGAGUUUGGUAAAACUAAGGUGUCCGAUGAAAUAUCUAAUUCUUCUGUUGUUAGACAUCAAUUGACUCCCAUUAAAUUUCCAUAUAGAUCGAGAUCAUCCACCUCUAACAGUACAACAGAUAAAAUUCACAAAAAAACUUCUAUCAAAUUCAGAUCACCUAAAUUAAACUUGAAGUCCCCAUUCAAAUACAAGAAGAAUCAUGUAAUACAGGAAAAUUUAGAAAAUGAAGAAAAAUUACCAAAUAAUAAGACAAAUUUAACUGCCAGAUAUGUGACAAGAUUAUCAACCAUUUCUGAUUUACCAAAAAGUUUCCUGAAUAUGUUGUCAAACGCAUCAUCUACUGAGGUGAACAGAGUUGAUAGACCUGUCUCGGCAGUUAUGGAAUCUGCUAAUAUGAGAAAUCAACAGCCACUAUCAAACGAAACAUUACUUAAGUCAAGAUCCCAAAUGAAACUAGAACGUGAUGCAAUUGAGAGAAUGGAUCACACAUUAUUACCAUCAUUUUUAAACAUCCCUUGUCCUAUAGCAAUAGAACAGUCUGCACCUAGUAUUAAGACAGAGGCAACCCGUCCUUUGUCACCUUUAAUAACCCAAAACCAAAUCAAUGAAGAUGAUGGAAUCGAAGGAGAAAGUACUGGAACAUUAAAUAUGGACCAUGAUAAUCGACAAAAAUAUGGUGACUUCAGUGAGCAAAGCAUAAAUAUUUUAGAACAGACCGAACUCGCUGAUAUAUCCGAAGUCCCAGGAGAAUCAUUCUUGGAAGAUUCAUAUGAGUUGGAAAAGCCUACACAUAUAGAGCUACCUCAAAAUGUUACAUUAGAUAUGUGGGAAAAGGAAGGUCACAAAUACUUGGAGAGAGCUGACAGUUUCCAAAAUCAACGUAUAAACCGAAAUAAAAACAUAUUCACAGAAUUUCAGUUAGGUAAUGAUGAAGUAGCUCCUCUUACACCUAUUUCUCCAGUAUUGAAUAGGAAAAGCAACUUUAAAUUUCCCUUGAAACAAAUUAUUGAAACACCCCAAAACCCUAAUGAACCUCAUAUAUCUCAACAGGAUGAUAUGUCAAGCUCUGAUGCAGUAAGUGAAUUGGAUCGUUAUUUAAAGGAAUUAAGCAUUACUGAAGAAGAUCCUGGGCAUUUGUUGGAAGAAAGUUUUAGAAAUGAUAAUCCUACAUCAACUAUUUUAGAAAAUUCUUAUAGGGAAUUAAGGGAUGCCGAAAAUAAUCAUUCCCCAACGAAAUCGCUAGUUUCAAUAAUUAGUUCUGGUAGUAUGAAACAACAGAAAUCUCAAAAUGCGAUCAAUAAUUUAUUACAUCGUUCCACAUCACAUGUCAAGUCGAAUUCACAAGUAAGUUUUAGAUUUCCUACUAACGGAAGUAACGCUAUCUUAUCAUCAACUCAGUCAUCCCCGAUUAAGUCAAACAGUUUUAAAAGAUUUAGUAAGAAACUAUCCAUUUCAAAUUUAAAUGAUCCCCAUUCACAUUCAAGGUCAACUGAACAUCCUUUUGAUAUGCAUAAUGUAUACGCAAAGGAGCAUAAUAGGGGAAGGAGUGUAGAUUUCACGUAUCUACGUUCAAUACAGAGCCAGCAUUCACCUUCUAAAUCGGUAACGACUACAAAUUCAAUUGGUAAUUCCAGUAGACGCAACAGUGCCGUCCCUGAAAGUGCAACAAGAACUAUUAGUAAGAUAUUUCAAAAUAAACAUGGAGAUAGUACAUAUCUCAUGAAUUCCGAAGACUUAUUUAACAUCACUCUAAAGCAUCGAACAGAACUAUCCCUAUCUCAAGAGCAAGCAAUUUCUGAUGAUUCCGCAAUAGAAUCACAAGAAUCAGGACCAAGUUAUCCAGAUAGUGUAGUUGGUGAGUAUGAUAGAGAGAGGUGGACCACCUUACAGAACCUUCAACUCGAACAAACCAUGGGAGAAGUUGUUGAUGAAUUCAUUUCUUAA